AUGUUAGGUUUGUCACAAGCUAGGUAUAUAGAUAAGGUUUUAGAACAGUUUAGCAUGCAAAAUUCCAACAAAGGAUUGCUUCCUUUCAGACAUGGAGUUCCUCUGUCUGAUGACCAAAGGCCUAAGACUCUUGAGGAAGAAAUUAUGAUGAGACAAGUUCCUUAUGCUUCUAUUUUAGGAAGUCCCAUGUAUGCCAUGCUUUGUACUAGACCAGAUAUCUGUUAUUCAGUUGGCAUGGUUAGCCGAUAUCAAUCAAAUUCAGGACCAAAACAUUGGCAAGCUGUAAAGCAUAUUCUCAAGUAUUUACGGAGAAUAAGAGAUUAUAUGCUUGUUUACCAGUGUGAGGAUUUGAUUCCCAUUGGUUAUAUAGAUUCAGAUUUUCAAUCAAAUCUUGAUUUCACAAAGUCCACUUUAGGUUAUAUAUUCACCUUGGGAGGUGGAGACAUAAGUUGGAGGAGUGUUAAGCAAUCUUGUAUUGCUAACUCCACCAUGGAAGCUGAAUAUGUGGCUACUUGUGAAGCGGCAAAGGAAGCUGUUUGA